UUUCAUCCGGCCGCCAUAUUAAUUUACCGCUUGGCUUGUACAUACGUGCGACGAAAUAGAACGGCCUUUCUUUAAUGUGACGCCAUUUUAAGUGUGUGAUAGGGGAAUAAAAUUAAGUGAAAACAAUAAUAAAAUAGAUCAAAAUGAGUUACGGAAGGCCACCGCCGCGGAUUGACGGCAUGGUGUCGCUCAAAGUGGAUAAUUUGACCUAUAGAACGACGCCUGAAGAUCUUCGUCGCGUGUUCGAAAGAUGCGGAGAUGUCGGUGAUAUCUAUAUUCCUAGAGACCGGUACACAAGAGAAAGCCGUGGAUUUGCAUUUGUCAGGUUUUUCGACCGACGUGAUGCGGAAGAAGCGUUAGAUUCCCUGGAUGGACGCAUGCUGGAUGGCAGGGAGUUGCGCGUGCAGAUGGCCCGCUAUGGGCGUCCGUCUUCGCCAUAUAGAAGCCGAUACGAUCGUCGACGCAGCUAUUCCCGUUCACGGUCUCGUUCACGUCGUCGCUCCAGGUCCCGAUCCCGUUCGCGGAGGCGUUCGUACUCGCGUAGCCGUAGCCGCAGCCGUUCGCGGUCCCGGUCGCGCUCUGACUCCAAGAGCUCGCGUGGCCGCUCUCGCAGCCGCAGCCGCUCGCGAUCCCGCUCCAGGCACUGAGAUAUUGGUUGAGUGAGAGAGUACCGUUAGUGAGCUGAAGUGCUGUUACCACAUGACUGAGCAGCCUUUAGCAAAGGUACUAUGACUCAUCAGUUAUGAUAAGCCAUCCACAGACCUAACUAUGAUUGACAUAGUGGCAAAAUGUUAAUGCAACAAAUUAUUCUUAAGUUCCCCCUUCAUUAGAUAUAUUACUGUCUAACAAACAAUAUUGUAUUCUUUACUUUUCCAUGGUGUGUGACUGAUCCAUUGUAGCACACAAAAUCAUGAAUUUGUUUCACUACAUAAUUGGGCUUUAUUAUUUCUGUUAUUGUAAACUUUUAGUUGUUUAAUUUGUUAGUUUUAAGUUAAUAUUAAAACAAUUUGUAUUUUAACUUAUAAUAGUCAUGUUCUUGAUUUGUAACAAUUUCAAAUAAAUUCUUUUUAGGAUAUGUGAAUUAAUCCACACCUAGGUGUAAUGCCAUGCAGUGGUUAGAUAUACUUUCAGGUUCAUUAUUACAAAAUAGAAGAUCAUGUACCACCACACGGGAUAAUUGGGCUAAAUUGGGAAUUAAUUUGUGACCUCUUCAUUUGUGGUAAAUCUGACUAUAUCAUAUAAACAUGAAGACCUUAGUUUAUAUAUUAGUUUUAAAGCAAUGUCAUAUUCGAGACAAUCUUGAGUGCUGGGUCUCUUGUACUUGUACAAUUAUGUUUUAAUUUUUUUAAGUUAUUGUAAACUUGCAUGACAAGGCCUUUAUUAUUCAAGCCAAUAACAUAUGUAAAAGAUUUUACAAAUAAAUGAAUUAGUUUCCUUCAUUAACUGAUAUAUUGGUAUGCUCAGGGCGUGAGGAGAGCGCGGGGAGCGAGGCUGUAUGCGGGGAGGGGUGUGGGUUGUUGCUGUUGUUUGCGGUUGCUGACAACUGCUGAAUUGCUGUUUUUGCAGAAUGAAAGUUAUGAGUAAACAUUUAUAUUAUUGACGAGCCGAGACACGCAUUAAAUAGGAACAUUAAACACAUUAACAAAAAUGAAGACUUCAACUUUGAGGUAACAAGUGGUUCUGAUUGCCCGUAAAACAAUGUAUAGAUUCAUUUUAAUCCAUACAUACUAUUAUAUACAAUACUUUGCAGUUAAGUUUGAAAAUGUCAGCACGGCAAUUAUCCAUAAAAUUAAACUGAUUCACAUUUUGAGCUUACUAUGUUAAGUGUUAAAGAUCGAAGUAUGGAGAUGGAGGCUGAUGAGCAGAGUCCAAACUAACAUUUACAUUUGUUUGGCAGGCCGGUGCUGCUCGCUGGCCUGUUUGCUGUGGCAGUUUCCUGUUCCGAUUGCUGUGAUUUCCAGAUUUGCGCGCGUCUAGGUUUAUCGGUAAAAAAUAUAAAACCCUCCCUGCCCUCCAGACAAGAGUACAUUUUGCUAUUUAACCUCUUAAAUGAUUUUUGUACAUGGUAAGAGAAAUAGGUAUGUUUGUAAAGAUAGAAGAAAGAAGAAUCAUUACAUUCGCAGGCGCCUGGCACUGGAUUCUGUGUAGUUUUACUUACCGUCAAUAAAACUAUCUUACAUGA